AUGAGCCCAAAUACGUUGGCUCCCAAUGACAUCCUCACGGAUGACAAUUACUUUAUGUGGGAAUUCAAUGCACGCAUGGCACUCGCGCGCAAGGAUCUUUUGGAUCACGUUUUAGUUGAGACAGAGCCGGCAGUGCUACGGGAGAAUCCCGGAUGGAAAGUCGCCGAUAUGAAGGCUCUGGCUGUGCUGGCCUGGGAGGUGUUGAAGACGUUCUUUGCGAAGAGGAAUCUUCAGAACCGAGUGCAACUUCGAAAGGAACUCCAUAAGUUUGUGAUGGAGACUGGUACUAAUCUGAUUGAUCAUCUACUGAAGUUUUAUGAGCUGUGUCUAAAGCUCAGGGCGGCCGGUGACAGCAUGGAUGAUGAUGAGAAGCUGAUUUUUCUUCUGGGAAGUUUAUCAUCUGAAUACGAUGAUAUGGUGCGCAUUAUCGAGGCACACAGUAACGUGACGCUGCGGGACGAGAAAGAAAUGCUCCGUCGUGAGUAUGACACUCUUCAGAAGCGAGACAAGAAGGAAACCGCUUAUAAGGCGCAUGCUCAGCGCAAUGAACCUAGACGUUUUAAUGGGAACCGAGGACACCGUGGGCAAACAGAAAAUCAAAUCCGCUACCCAAGUUCGAGAAGAGGAAAGGCUAAUGCAAGUUUUCAAGGCAAGUGCUUUAGAUGUGGACGGCACGGACACAAACGAUCGCAGUGUCGUAACGUGAAGCCAUCGAGACCUGGUGAUGAGUUUGUUUUCUCGGCAUCCAGUGACAAAACAAUUUCGAGUUCGACUUGGUUGCUGGAUAGUGGUGCAAGUCGUCAUAUGACUGAUGACAAACGUGAAUUUGUGGAGUACGAAGAUUUAAUUACCCCAAUUUGCAUUACUGUGGCGAAUGGACAGCAGUUGAAGGCACAAGGAACAGGCACUGUGCGAUUUGUACUCGAAAAUGGUCGCACAGUCAAGCUUACGGAGGUGUUACAUGUGCCUGGUCUAGACAUGAAACUUGUGUCGGUAACAGCACUGACGGCCCGAGGCGUAAUUGUUCAGUUUAAGCACGAUCAAGCAGUUCUUAUGAGCGAUUACAUGACUGUAGCAGUGAUUAAAAGAGUGGGAAAGCUGUUUGCGUGA